AUGGGACAUUUUGCUACUGCAUUGAGCGUCUUUCUGUCUAUAACAGUUGCAGUCUUAACGGUCGAUUGCUUUAGCCUUCAACUUGAGCAGUAUGUUGAAUCUUACCAGAAAACCUGGCUGCGUACUUCCGUGAGAUUUCUAUACAAUGUCUGCCAGCGUGUGACAGGUGCGUUGCUCUGGUAUUGUAAAGUCUUACUAGGAAUGAAAUUUCGUGGUAGAUACGGUGGAACAGUGGAUUAUCUCUUGAUAUAUCCAAUUAAAGCGGUUUCAAGUGGACUGAAAGUGGACGAGUGGGAGGUGAAUCAUUUUGGGCUCAAACACGACCGACAGUAUGUCAUAUGUAAAUACGACACGAAGAAGGCGUGCUACAUACCAAUCCUGCUCAAAGAGGUCCCUAAACUUUCGUCGGUCCAUGUAUCGCUUGACAAUGGGAGCUUCAAGUUCGAAUACGAUAGCACGACUACAGGCAGCAGGGCUGUGUUUUAUCUCCCCAUGAACGUGACAGACGACUAUGUCGAACAUCACAGCUCUUUUGGAACUCAAUUGAAGCUCAUCAGUUUGUGGCUGGCCACUUUAGAGGGCUUUGUCUUGGAUAAAGUUCUUAAUCCCGAUUUUAUUGCCAGUAUGGGAUUACCCAAAGAGGCAGUGCUAGUUUAUUCUCCCAACGGCAAAGCCUGUAAGGUGGGAGCGCCAAAGGACGUUGACAGAAACACGCUAUUCCAUGAUUACUACCCCAUGCUGAUGACUUCUCAGGAAAGUUACGAGGAGGUGAGACGAAAUGCUGGGGAAAAUGGAAAGUACGUUCGAAUGGAAGCUUUUCGUCCAAAUUUGAUCAUCAAAGACGUCGAUAAGCCUUUCGCGGAGGACUUUUACCACAAAUUUGAUAUCGUGGGAAAUUCGCGAAUCGGCUUCACUGGCGCACUAAAGUGCAUUAGAUGUACCAUUCCGAACAUUGAUGUGUCUAAGGGAACCAUGGACAAAAAGGGCACCAUUAGCAAGACGAUGUCUAAGUAUAGACGCGUGGAUGAAGCGAAUCCUUAUAAGAGCUGUUUUGGGAUGUAUGUGAUCCAGCAUGAAAAGAACUUUGUCAUCAGAAAAGGAGACAGGCUGGACGUUUUACAAAAAAGAGCUAUGAAAAUGGAUGAAAACCCGUUCUAUUAA